AUGGCGGAACUAUUUGAGCUGCAGGACAACAGAGUCAAGGACCACCAGCCCCUCCCCCAGAGCCUCAUCAUAAGCCUGUUUUUCCUCAGCCAAUCUCUAUGGAAGAAAGGGAAGAAGAAAAGGCAAACCCUCCCAGGUGGGCGAGCUUGCCAGAGAGAAGCGGAGCAGAGGAGGGACCUGCAGACAGCCCAGUCAAGCUCUCUCGAAGAGCCCUCUGAGGCCUCUUGCAAUGAACUACCGCUCCACAGAGAUCCCCUCUUGCCUGUGUGUGAUAGAUCUGGCGAUGUCGGUCAUCAGCUCUCCCAGGACUUCUUCAAAGAUGGUGCAGCCCCUCACUUGUGCAUGGCUUCCACCGUUCCUGGGACAGAGGCCUCGUUUGUUCUGCCCUCUCUGCUCACAGGAAACCAGGCAGGGCAUUUGGCUCCAGCCCUUCCACCGGAGCCUUUACCACCGGCUCCGUCCAUCCUCUCGCCUAACUGCUUUGCCCCACUAGAAGGCUUCUACUCAUCCACACCACUGCACGACUCUCUAACACCAGAGUCCACACUUCCCUUGAACCCCCCACUUCUCCCAGACCCCACCCCACCCUAUCCACGUGCCUCUUUUCCUCUUCCAACAAGAGAAGCGCAGAAGUCAGAAGUGGUCUUCCAGCCGGAAACCACUAGAUCUCUGGUGGACGGACUCAAUGAGAUGGCCACUAAUUUCCCACCAGACCAAGGCACUGGCUGUGUAAGACAAGCAAUGCCAGAGGCCUCCCAACAGCAGCCUGCUGCUGACAACCAAUUAUCUUCAGACUCAGAAAACCAGUUUCUCCCAGCUCCUCACGCUCAAGUCCCUUUGCAGGGAGACACAAGGGCCUACCACGUAGAGCCUGGAUACCUCUUUUUUCCCAACUCUAAUGCUGUGAAACUGUUCCAAAGGCUAGACAAGAAAGUGGGUGAUUUCCUGAUGGUGAAGGAGGAGAAGGGGGAGGAGGAGGAGGAAGAGGAGGAGGGGGAGGAGGAGGAAGAGGAGGAGGAGGAAGAGGAAGAGGAGGAAGAGGAGGAAGAGGAGGAGGGGAACAAAGGAUGUUUUAUAAAGUCACCCAGUUCUUUGGAGAAGCUGCCAUCAGGAGAGACAUUGGGAGAUUCACAAGAUUUGGUGGCUUCUCAUUUGUCAAGCAGCAAAGGCAAGCUCCCGCACCAGCCGCUCCCUCACUCCAAGACUUCUGAAGACCAGGAGGAGCUUCAAGCUGCCCAGCUCUUCUGGGGACCCCCCUUUCUUCACAGUGAGGCCCUGAGCCCUACUACCACUAAUGCCUAUGACCGUUCCUCAGCAUGGGUCUGCUUCAACAGCAUGGCCGAGGCCGCCAUUGCUGAUUACUCUCAUGGCUGUAUGCUUCCCACACCCCUGCGUGCGUAUCGACCACAGACAUGGCUACACGCCGCACCCCAGUCCCAGCCCCAACGUGACCCUCCUGCCGAGCUGCAGCCUCAGCCUCAACCGCAAUCCCGGGUCUCAGUCUUGACAUUUUCUCAUCAGUCCGAGCUGAGAGACUGUGGCGUGCAUUUUCACAGACCCCAGGGAGACGAGCAGCGUCUCGGUGCUUCUGAGAUGCAGUGCUUGGAAUACAACAUCUUGAAAAAGGAACAGGAGAGGGUCUGGGGUUUACCCCUCGUGGUCAGAAAGUCCCAGGACACUUUUUGUCCCUCGCCUCCCAAGGUCUUGUUGGGAAGUCGCUCCUCCAAGGCCUGUACUCCCAGGCCCAUCCUUCCUCUUCCUGGAGACUUUCCCCUCACCAGUGAGCUCGAGAAGAAACUCGAACACCAUCUCCGAAAGAGACUCAUCCAACACCGCUGGGGCCUGCCCCACCGGAUCGACAAGUCCCUGUCACUCAUGAGUCCUCAGUCAGAACUGAUCGACUUCUCUGAGUCAAAAAAGAGCCGGGGACUCUCUUGGAUCACUUUGUUUAAGUACCAAGGCGACAAAGACUCACAGGCCUUAUCUGGAGGAAGCUCUCGAAGUCAGAUGCCUAACAGUCAUUCUCUACGGGAGACUGGGGUCAGAGAAUGGACAGGCAGUCAAGAGAGGGGCCACAAAGACCAACCCCGGGGUAACAGCCUUCAGGAGGUUUCACAAAGCAGUGUGCAGUCUCACUGGAGGAUGCACCAGAAGAGGCUUGCGGGCAGGCAGCCUCCCGAGUUUUCAAGCCCCUCACAGGUGAAACAGUACCAGAAAGGAAUUGAAAAAAUCCUGGAAAAACACCUGAGCAAGAAAAGUAGGGAAAUCAGCAGGGGUGAGCUCCCUAUGACUGUGGAUAGGUCGAGGCAUUCUGUGAAUGUGGCCAACAUAGCGCAGCCUCCACCAGAGACCUCGCCAAAACGAAUGAAAGAUCUGGCACUAUUGGCAUGUGAGGAGGACACACGGACAAGGCACCCCCACAGCUUAGCGCUUAGUCCUAGCAAAGAGAAGAUGCUGGAAGAACACAUCACAGCCUUCCGCAGGAGGAUGGCAUUUGGCCUCCCACAAAGGGUUGAGGAGUCCUUAGAGUCCUACUCGACAAAAGCAGAGCCAUCUCGGCCUUUCCUUCAGGCCCACAUUCAAGCCCACCGCAUUUCUGGAGCAGACACUGCCGAGUCCUCCAGGUCCCUCAGGAGAAACACUACUGGAGAUAGAAUGGGGACAGUGAAUUCAGUCCCCACCCAACAGAGGCCUCUCCCUGCUGCCUCGCUGGUGGGCCACAGCCAGCCAGCCUCUGAGAACAAGAAGGUGGGUGUAGAUAGAGACCUGAGCGUAGCCCCAAGGGGCAGAGAGCCGACCCAGCCCUGGACACCCAGGAGGGCAGACAAAGGUGACCUGCAGCAGCCUGGACCACACAAUAGCCCUGGCCCAGAGCUGCCCAUGAGCCCAGGUGGGCCAACUCAUGAGAGACUGGCUUCCAGCACCAACACACAGGGGUCUCAGGGAGAAAGGAGGAGCUGGGAAGACGGCUCCGAGGCUGAGGGCUCCACAGAGCUACAUGAAGGAGAGCAACUCCCCGGUCUUCACCCACAGUCCACUAAGAGCUUGAAAGGCACCCAAGGCCUGUGCUCCCCAGGGAGCCCUGUGACUGCAUGUCAGUCCCCACAGGGAAUGUCAGUUCCCCACAACUCUGAGAGCCCUGACUCUAAAAGUCAGGAGUCCACGGAAGUCCUGCUGAACUCAGAGGGCGGGACACACAUCCAGGUGCCAGACCUGUCUGCCAUGCCCUCUGCCCCACAAGAUAUGACUGCCAAACCCCAGGGCCCCUCUGGUGGGGACAUGGCAGUUUCUCAGGUGCUGCAUGUGCACUUACCCACUGCGGGCAUCAGCAUGGAGUCGCGGCAGGGUCCCUGGGUCCCUGCAUAUGUCUCAGGCAAGAGCAAGAACAAGGACUGCCUGCCUGCUGCCAGGGGAUUGCCACAGCUGGCAACUGAGGCAGGAAAGCUUGGGGGAGGGGAUGCAGGCUUAGGGACAUCCCAGACCAGAGGGAAGGGACACUGUGUUCAGGCCAGGUCACCAGAGGAGACACAAGGACUCACAUCCUCCCCAGCACUGUCACCUAAGAGUCAGCCUCAGGAAAAUCAGUUCACCAGCCAGGUGAAGGGCUUCUGGCAGAGGCUGUCCCCUGGGAAGAAGCACAAAGGACAGGAGAAGUCCCUGGCCAAGGNCUGCUCUCCAUUAGCAUCUGGGAAGGGCACAAGCCCCAUCAAAGGGAGAUAUGAGUUUUGUGGGAACCGUGAAGCUCAGAACUGUGUGAGAGAGCCUGGGAUGGUCCUGAGGAAGCAGCUGGGGCACAGGCAUGGGACAGUCACCCCCUCUCCCCAGGUACCUGUGUCUCCCCUCAUGGGGUCUGAAGGAGCCCAGCAGGAGGUGCCCCUGCAGACUCAGGUAGAGCCUGUCCAGAGGCUGCCCCACUUGUGCUGCAGAGCCACCUGCUCUCAAGUGUCAAGGGCUGAGUCCUGCAGCCCAGGACAGGGGCAGACAGCCCCUGAGAGGUGUGGCCCUACAGGAAGAGCUAAGAGGGUGGAGACCUCCCCUGUGCAUGCUUCUCCACCAAAGCCCCCUCUGUAG